AUGAUUCAGGGUCUCGCCAUAGUUGCUCUUCAUGGUAUUAUACAUGAAAGAAAGAAAAUAUUUGUUGCUCGAUCAAAUUGUAUAAAGAAGACUAGUAAUGAGGAGAACUCUGGUCCACCAACCAGAGUACUCUGUCUUUUGAACGUAGUAUCGCGUGAUGAUCUACGCGAUGGACGAAUUGAUAUAGAAAUGUUGGAGAGUUGUAAGAAAGUGUGGGAAAGCAACAGAGCAGUACAAAGCGUAGAAAUUCUAGUACCUAUUGGAGGUGCUUCUGUACCUGGCUGUGGCAAAAUUUUUAUAGAAUUCACAAAUGUGAACUUUUGUCAAUGCAUAAAAAGUUUAUUCGAUAAUAUUUAUUAUGAUGUCUCUACUGUCGUAACAUCUUAUUAUGACGUAGAUAAAUAUUAUCGCCGUGAAUUUUAA